AUGCGUUGUGUGUUGAUCGCGUUGCAGUACCAAUAAAUGUAUUUUGUAUAGUUUUUUCUGAAUUAUUCAAUUGCUUUGUAUCAGGAUGACUAGUGUACCGAUGGUAUACCAACAGAAGAUAGCCGAAAAAUUGGCCGUCCUCACAGACAGGGCGAAGGGCAUGCUGACGAGAAUCUAUAACAUAAAAAAGAUGCUUAGUUUGAACAGUAAACCCGGCUUCCUAAGCGAAAAACAAUAUGAGAAAGCUGUACAGCUUUUAGGAGGAAAAAAGUUUCCCGUUGAUGCACAUUCGGGUUCAGGAACAUUACAGAUUCUUCAAAUUCUAAAUCCGCAUAAAAAUUCAAUUAUGAAUGCUCUCAAUUUGUAUUAUUAUACUUUCGUCGACAUUUUCGACUUGAAGAAUGCCAUCAAUGAUACUUUAACGACAGUGGACGUUUGUCAACUAUCCUUUAGUAUAGUUCUAAAUUAUGAUUUAACAAAGAGCUACCUUGAGUUAAUAGCUUUACAUUGUGCUAUUACUAUCAUACUAUCAAAAAUUGACGAUAGAAAGGUUGUUUUGGGAAUGUUUAAUUACGUAUUUUAUUUGGAUAAGAAUAAAGAUGAGGAGUAUUAUAAAAAGGUUGCUAAUUAUUUCAUGGAAAUUGAAAAUCCUUUAAAGAAGCUAACAGAAGAUUUUAUGCCUCAUAAGAAUAGUUUGAGAACUGCCAUAAAUUCUUUGAGCGACGUCUAUCCCCGAAGAGCAAAUGUUGCUGCUCAAUGGAGGACACAGCAAUAUCUAAGCUUGUUGUACGAUUCCAAUAAGCUUCUGAGCUGCUACCACACUGAUACAUGUCCAUGCGAAUAUCUAUCUGUUGAAAGUAUGGAGAGAUGGAUAAUUAUGUCGGUCACCAUAUGUAAUUCUCUUUUGGAAGAUCCAAAAAUUAACCAUUUAUGGCAAACUGCAUUAUCUAAUUCUUUUGUAAUGGCUUUGUGUAGAGAUGAGGUUGUACCUACACACCAAUUCUCUAUAGCUCAUUUUGAGAGUAUGAAAGGUUUAGGUGCACUCGUUGGUAUAGUUAAAAAUUCUCGCGAUCACGCUUAUAAACAAGCGUUACAAAAUCAUCGAGAUAAAAGAAAGUAUUUACGUACGGCAUUAAAAGAAUUAUCUCUUGUUUUAACCGAUCAACCUGGUCUUUUGGGACCGAAAGCUUUAAUUCUAUUCUCUGCUCUAUCGAAUGCGAGAGAUGAAAUUCGAUGGCUUAUGCGUCAUUCAGAUAAUAUACCAACGAAAUCCAAGAAUAAAAUUCUAGAAGAAGACUUAAAGGAUCGUCAAAUACCUGAACUUAUCUUCCUUGUGGAAGAGCUAAGAUCGCUGGCUAAAAAGUAUUCUCAAGUAAUUCAAAGAUACUAUGUGCAGUUUCUAUCUGGUGGAGACGUAAAUGCUUUAGAAAGCUUAAUGGUUAACAUUGAAGGUGAAGAGGAGAGCGAGAUUCUUUCAUCUUUUGUUAUGACUUUUAAAGGCUUAAGUGUAAAACAAGUUGAGGAUCAGUCUAUAAAUAUUGGAGAGUUACGAGCAGUGCGCAUGGACUGGUGUAGAAUGCAAGCUUAUAUGGCAUCUCCUCAAGCUCGCUUAAAAUUAUCACAACAUCAAACUUUGGCCCGUCAUUUGAAUACUAUUGCUUUCCAUACUCGGUUGGUCGAUACUCUGGAUGAUCUGUUAAAUGAGACUUCUGAUUUGUCUCUAUACUGCUUCUACAUGCAUAAAUUGGAAAUGCAAUUUAAAGAAUGUAUGGAAUUUCCAGCUCAGCACCGUUACAGUAUUGCAUUUCCUCAAGUGUGCGCUCAUUUUUUGAAUGCGACCCAUAGGCUUUGCCCAGAGGAGAGACAAAGUAUUGGAUCAACAAGUGUACAGUAUACUCAUUGGUUCUUAAAGGAAAUGAGCGAAGAAGUAAAUCAAGUAAUAACAGCAAUAUGUGAAGAACAGUGUCAUUUAACGGAUCAACUGUUGCCAAAACAUUGUGCUAUUCAAAUUGUGAACUUGAAUGCCAAAAAAUCAAAAAAAGAUAAGGAUCGAAUUCUUCAAGAAGAAAAGAAACCAGGUCAUGAAAGUGUUAGAAAACAAAGAGAAGAAUUUACCAGAAUGGAUAAAUUGCACAUGGCUUUAACAGAAUUAUGUUAUGCAUUUAACUAUACAAAUAUUAUAACAGUUUGGAAUCAUGGCUUCGUACCAAGAGAAUUUUUUCUAAACCAUCUAGAAGACAGAUUUAACAAACUUCUCGUUGGUAUGAUGAUGUAUAAUCCACAAACGAGCGAAAUAGCUAAACCAAGCGAACUCUUAGCUGGGGUCUAUGCAGUGAUGAAUGUUUUACAAAGCAUAGAGAAUUAUAUUCAUAUUGACAUGUCAAGAAUAUUCAAUAGCGUCCUACCGCAACAAACUCAGCAACGUGAUACUUUCCAUGGUAAUCCUACGAUUGCAUUCAACUAUUCUCAGUGGUAUCUUGAAGUGCUAAUGCUAAAAGUUAGCGAAGAUAAAGUAAUCUAUUCGCCGAACCAUAAGGCAUUUUUGACGCUUGAUUCGGAAACUCAUUUCCAAGCUGAGGAAUAUGCAGAUUUAGUCGAAUUAAGGGCGUUGGCUGAGCUGAUAGGUCCUUAUGGUAUGAAAUUGAUGGGUGAGAAGAUUGUGUGGCACAUUUCUAAACAGGUGGAAGAGUUGAAAGCUCUGGUCAUUCAGAACAAAAUUUAUUUAAACGCUUUAAGGACCAAUUACGAUGAUUCAGAAUUGGUUAAGGGAACCGUAAAAAAGUUGCAAAAUUCUGAUAACCUAUUGAAGAGAGUGUCAAUAAUAGGAGAACUACUUUCCUUCAGAUCAUUAGCACAAGAGGCUUUACAAGAUGUUCUGGAUCAAAGAAUACCGUUCUUAUUGAGUUCAAUAAGAGAUUUUCAUAAACAUAUGCCACAUACCGGAGAUACAAUGAUUGUAAACGAAAUGGCUAGUGCAGCAGGAAUACAAUGCGAUAUUGACCCUGCACUAUGUACAAUGUUGCGUAAUCAACGACAAAAUCAGGCCCCUGAAAAUCCAGCCGCUAGCGUUCAAGAUGAUGAUUUCUCUGUUGCCUGUUUAUUAUUGGUUUUUAUUGCUGUUAGCCUACCUAAAUGGGCUAGACUCGAGAGUUCUCGAUUCAAUCCAGCCUUCGAAGGUCACAUGAACAAUGCUCAUUGCAUUGCCAAAGCUGUUAAUGCCUUAGCUUCUUCACUUUUAACGGUUCAAGGAAAACAGAAUGAAAUUGGUGAUAGAUUAAAGGAAUUUUUAGCCCUUGCUUCAGCCAGUUUGCUUCGCCUAGGGCAAGAAACUGAUAGAGAUGUAAUCCGAAACAGAGAAUCCAUAUAUUUGCUUUUGGACCAGAUUGUCCAAGAAUCGCCUUUCCUGACAAUGGACCUGUUAGAGAGUUGUUUCCCCUAUGCACUACUAAGAAACGCUUAUCAUCAAGUCGCCAAAGCACACGGACAUUAA